GUAGAACUGUCUGUCUGUCUUUGUAGAACGUUUGCUUAAUUUUCUCAUAAUAUCUAUACUUAGUAACUUCCUACUUACCUACAACUUGGAAAAUUCUAAAUAAUUACAAUGUACCUAGGUUUGUGGGUGAAAAGAUAUUUUCUGAAAUAAAAUUCGCCGACCUUACGAAAAAACUACAUUAAUACCUAGGUAAAGGAAACGAUCAAGAAGGUAUCCUUUCGUGUUUUGUUUUACUAUUAGCUGAGGGAAGGACCCGAAAUGAAGCACCAAGAAGUAUCAGUGGAUUACUGGGCCAUGCUGAAGACGAUGUUCACGUACGGUGCUUUGACGGCACUGUGUUGGAUAAUGCUGCGUCUUUUCCACGCUGUGUUCACACUGCCGAGGCGACUGCGAUCCCAACAGGAGAACAUUCAGAACACACUGAAAGAUCUACAGAAAAGAUUUCCUGAUCUGAACAUAACAGAAGAAGAUCUUAUGAACGCUGAAAAAGAGUUGGAGGAACUUACUAAAGAAAAUGAAGAAAACUCGGAAAAACCGCCUCAAAACACGAGCGAAAAGAAGAUACCAGAAAUAGUGGAAACUUUGGAAGAAGACAAGAAAGACAUUUAAUUCAAGAUUUAUUUAUUUAAUAUUAAAGUUU